UGGCGCCAAAAUGUCGCUCGUAGCGGGGGUUAUUCGGCGGCUGGACGAAACCGUGGUGAACCGCAUCGCGGCAGGGGAAGUUAUCCAGCGGCCGGCUAAUGCCAUCAAGGAGAUGAUUGAGAACUGUUUAGAUGCAAAAUCCACCAGUAUCCAAGUGGUUGUUAAAGAGGGAGGCCUCAAGCUGAUUCAGAUCCAAGACAACGGCACGGGGAUCCGGAAAGAAGAUCUGGAUAUUGUGUGUGAGAGGUUCACCACAAGCAAACUGCAGUCCUUUGAGGAUUUAGCUAGUAUUUCUACCUACGGCUUCCGGGGUGAGGCUUUGGCCAGCAUCAGCCACGUGGCUCACGUCACCAUUACAACCAAGACAGCUGCUGCCAAGUGCGCAUACAGAGCCAGUUACUCCGAUGGAAAGCUGAAAGCUCCUCCUAAACCAUGUGCAGGCAAUCAGGGGACGCAGAUCACGGUGGAGGACCUCUUUUACAAUAUAUCCACAAGGAGGAAAGCUUUAAAAAAUCCAAGUGAGGAGUAUGGGAAAAUUCUGGAAGUUGUUGGCAGGUAUUCAAUACACAACUCAGGCAUUGGCUUCUCAGUUAAAAAACACGGCGAGACCGUGGCUGAUGUUAGAACGCUGCCCGGCGCCACGACCGUAGACAAUAUUCGCUCCAUCUUUGGAAAUGCUGUCAGCCGAGAACUGAUAGAAGUGGGGUGUGAGGAUCAAACCCUUGGCUUCACAAUGAAGGGCUACAUAUCCAACGCAAACUACUCAGUGAAGAAGUGCAUCUUCUUACUCUUCAUCAACCAUCGGCUGGUAGAGUCCGCGUCCUUAAGAAAAGCCAUCGAAACCGUGUAUGCGGCUUAUUUGCCCAAAAACACACACCCGUUCCUGUACCUCAGUUUGGAGAUCAGCCCCCAGAACGUGGAUGUGAACGUGCACCCCACGAAGCAUGAGGUUCACUUCCUGCACGAGGACAGCAUCCUGGAGCGGGUGCAGCAGCACGUCGAGGGCAGGCUCCUGGGCUCCAGCGCGUCCCGGACGUACUUCACCCAGACUUUACUACCAGGUCUUGCUGGCCCCUCUGGGGAGGUGGUUAAAUCCACAGUGGGUGUGACCUCCUCGAGCACUUCCGGAGGCGGCGACAAGGUCUAUGCCCACCAGAUGGUCCGCACAGACUCGCGGGAACAGAAGCUCGAUGCGUUUCUGCAGCCCAGAGGCAAGGCCGUGUCCGGGCAGCCGCCGGCCACGGUCCCGGGAGAGGGGACGGAGGCUUCGGGCAGCCGGGCCAGGCAGCAGGACCAGGAGGCGCUCGGACCCCAGGAGCCUGCCGCGCCUCAGGGCUUGGAGGGGGACGCGGCAGAGAAGAGGGGGCCCCCUUGCAGCCCAGGUAACCCCAGAAAGAGGCCCCGGGAAAGCCUGGACGUGGAGAUGGCAGAAGGCGACUCCCGGACGGACAUGACGGCAGCUUGUACCCCGCGGAGGAGGAUCAUCAACCUGACCAGUGUGCUCAGCCUCCAGGAAGAAAUUAACGCGCGGGGACAUGAGACUCUCCGAGAGAUGCUGCACCACCACUCCUUCGUGGGCUGUGUGAACGCGCAGUGGGCCCUGGCACAGCAUCAGACCAAGCUGUACCUUCUCAACACCACCAAACUGAGCGAAGAACUGUUCUACCAGAUCCUUAUUUAUGAUUUUGCCAAUUUUGGUGUUCUGAGGCUGUCGGAGCCGGCGCCGCUCUUCGACCUGGCCAUGCUCGCCUUGGACAGUCCCGAGAGCGGCUGGACGGAGGAAGACGGACCCAAGGAAGGACUUGCCGAGUACAUCGUGGAGUUCCUGAAGAAGAAGGCGGAGAUGCUCGCAGACUAUUUCUCUCUGGAGAUUGAUGAGGAAGGGAACCUGACCGGAUUGCCCCUGCUGAUCGACAACUACGUGCCGCCUCUGGAGGGCCUGCCUGUCUUCAUCCUGCGCCUAGCCACCGAGGUGAACUGGGAUGAGGAAAAGGAGUGUUUCGAAAGCCUCAGCAAAGAGUGCGCUCUCUUCUACUCCAUCCGGAAGCAGUAUGUGUGCGAGGAGUCGACCCUGUCGGGCCAGCAGAGCGAGGCCCCCGCCGCCUCCGCAAACCCCUGGAAGUGGACCGUGGAACACGUGGUCUAUAAGGCCUUCCGCGCACACCUCCUGCCUCCUAAACACUUCACGGAGGACGGAAGCGUCCUGCAGCUUGCGAGCCUGCCCGACCUGUACAAAGUCUUCGAGAGGUGUUAACCACGCCCCUCCCGGCCCCGGGCGCCCGGCGCCGCGUCCCCCCGAGGGCAGGGCUUGGGGCUGCAGACUCCCCUCUGCCCGCUGACUAGUUACCUCCUUUCACCCUCGGUGGAUCGGCCGGAAGUAAAUCGUCAGAGGUGUCCUAAUUCUGAUGAUUCCUUAUUUACCUAGCGCUUGGGCAGCUUAGUCUACCAGACACCUGACCUCAGCUCGGGUCAUGAUCUCGCCGUUCGUGAGUUCGAGCCCCGCAUCGGGCUCUGCACUGACAGACUCACGCUCUCUAAAAAGUAAACG